AACGCGCUGGACUACUGAGACCAAACACACAGACACACACGCACACAAACACACACAAACAUACUAGUGCAAGGUGAUGUGAGACUUCAGAAGGAGGAGAAGGAAGAAGAGGAGGAGUGUUGGAAUCAAGUGUGUGUGUUUGUGCGUGUGUGCUUAGGUGUUUGUUUGAUGUGUGGUGUUUGUAUCUGUUGGUGAUGCUCGGGUAACACAGCAAGCAUUAUUAUAAACACCAUUAGAGAGAUAUAUAAGGAAAAUAGUAAAAGAAAACAAAGGAAACGAAUGUCCAUAUAUCCAGUUAGUGACGAACCGUGUAAACCAUCUAAGUGAAAAGUUCAAUCGUUAAGGAAAAAAGGUGAAGAGUGAACGAGUGAUUGAGUGAGUGAGUGACAGGAUUCUCCCGGCUACGACUCCCACGCCUUCACUAACUCCUGACCCCCCCCUCCCCCCUCCCCAGCCCGACCUCUUGCAUGUAUAAUCCCCGCCCACACCUCUACACAGAAACAAGCAAGGAGGAGGCGACACAGUGAAAUAAUAUAAACUCGUCUAAAAAAAAAAAGAGAAAAGGAAAAACAAACUGAAACACCAAAGAGAAGAUAAAGAUAGCCACAAAAGAAAGGACGUUGAAAAGGCUAUCUCCCGGAUCCUCAAUGACCUAAACUGACCUGACAGGACCUCACUUGACCUUCCUUUCCUCACGCCAAUAUCCUCCUCCUUCCACGACAGAGAAGAUAAGGAACCCACAAAGGGGAGACCAUUGCAAAGGCUAUCUCCCGGACUCACCUGACCUAACGUGACCUGAUCUGACCUCACGCCCAACUAAUCCUCCUUCCUCUGCACGUCCUCCCGCCUACACAAGAGCUAAAGGUCAUGAUGAAUCUUAUAGCUGCAGCUCCCACCGUGUGCUGCUUUACUUAACACCUGAAAAAGAGUAUCACGACCCAGGACACAGGAGGAUGAGGAGGCGAAGGGAGGCGGUGAUGGGGGAGGGCGAGGGAGGAGAGGAGCGUGUAGAGGAGGUAACGGAGAAGAGUGAUGCAGAGGAGAAUACGGAGAGGAGUGAGGUACAAGAGGAAAGUCAUAUGGAGGUGCACGCAGGAGGGGAGACGGCUGAAGAGGGGACGACUGCGGGGGAGGACUCCAGAUCGCUGAACACUGUGAGCGGCGUGGAAGAGGGUCGAGGUCACCGCGGGGUCAUGGAGGGGUCACGGCCAGCCAAGGUCAUCAUCACGGCCAGGAGAGGUCACCCCAUGGAGGACACGCACGCCCUUGACCGCAACCUGCCUCCCCCACGCCUGAUGGACGCCCAGCACGCUCCCCCAGCCUACCCCCACAGUGACUACCGCGUCAACUACCCCGGGGCCAAGCUGCGCGUGUCCGCCCCUCGCCCCUCCCACCUCACGCCGCACGGGGCUGACCAGGCUGUGAGGAGACGGGAUGAACCCCACUCCAUCUCCUUCGGGUCCUCCAGCCUCUCCCAAAGCACUUACCACCACCCACAACAACACCAGCAGCACCAUCACCCUCAGCAACGCCAUCAGAGGGAUGAUUAUCUUAUCGGCGGAGGUCAUGCCAUCCCCAGAGAGCCGAUCACCUAUUAUCAAGUCGGUGGAGCGUCGCCGAGCCCAGGAGGCAACCCGCAGCCCGCGCCGAGGCCCCACGCGCACCCCGGCGAGACUCUGCGACCCCCGGGACCUUCACAUGGCCACCUGCAACCUCCCCCGCCUCACAUUCGGCCCCCUCCCGCCCCUCAACAGCCCCAGCAGCCCUACGCUCCCCCACAUCAGCAUCACGAACAUGAAUCCAACGCCCCCGAGUUCCGCCCCUCCAAGCUCCUGCCCCCCACAGGCCGUCCAUCUCCCGUCACCAUCGCCGCCACCACCCGCGCCACCACGCACUUCCCGUACACCCGUCCAAGCGAGGUGCGGCACACGACCCACACUAAAAGACUCCAAACAUCAGCCCCCCGCCGCCCUACCCAGCCCCGACGCCCCAGCCCUCCACCCCGUCGCCCCAGCCCCCCACCUCGCCGCCCCAGCCCUCCACCCCGCGGCCCAAGCCCCUCGCCCCCAAGACUACCAAGCCCUUCACCCCCUCCGCCCCCAGCACGGCGCGGACACGUGGUCAACGCCCCCAGUCCAGCCUUCACGGUCCUGGCCGCAGGGGACGACGCCACGGCCUCGCUCACGCCCCUGGCCACGCUCACCAAGUCAGGCGUGAGGACGGAGAUCGGCCACCGAGCGGGGAGCGUCACCAGGGGCAGGGACACGCCCACCCGGCCCCACAGACGACCUGCUGCUGGGCGGGGCACGAGACCAGGCGGUGGAGGUGGAGGUGGUGGUGCUGGAGGGGGCAGGUACAGCUUCGUGUCGGGGGAGGUGUACACGCCGCCCCCCAUCCCGCAGCGCCCCCCGCCGCCCCCCCACCAACAUAAGCCUUUCCUCAGGAUCACCACGCGGCGGCCUUUCGGGCAGGAGCUGGCGGUCAUCCCCUACAAGGAAUCCUACUCCACCUUCGAGCCCAAGUACGUGAAGGACUCUAUUGCCGAGAUGGAGUUCGAGCCGAAGACCAUGCCCGCGCCGCCGCCCCCCCACGCCCCGCCCGCCGCCGUGCACUGGUUUUUGAUGCCCGUGCAGGGGUGGUUCGUGCUCUCCAUCAUCCUGGCGGCGCUGGUGGUGGUGCUCGGGGUGGGCAGCGCCAUCCUCUACUCCAGCCUCAGGAAGCAGAAACGGAAGAUGAAGCGGCUGACGGGCGGCCCGGCGGUGGUGCUGCCGCCCUGUGUGGACCCCAUCAAGCACGAGGCGUGUGGCUGCCGCGCCCUCGCCCCGCUGGUCCGCUCCCACACGCUGCUGUCCCGCGCCUCCAUCAUGACCAGCCGCGCCUCGCAACGCUCCCUGCGCUCCCUCUCCCUCCCGCGACACCAGAUGGCCGUCCCCUCCCCCCAGACCCAGGCGCGGACAGGCGGGGGCAUGAGGUCGCUGCCCGCGUCCUCCCAGAACGAGAAGGAGCGGGACACCACCUUCGACUCCAUCACCACCACCAACACGCAUCUGGAGGUGGAGGACGCGCCGCCGCCUCUGGCACCCAAGAAGUCCUCUCUGAGCGGCAUGCAGGACUCAAAGGGCGACGGCGGCAGGGAGAGCAGGAUGGGCCUCGACAGCAGGGGCGGCGGCGGCAGGGACAGCAGGAUGGGUCUCGACAGCAGGGGUGACCAUGGCGGCAGGGAGAGCAGGAUGGGCAUGGAGAGCAGGGGUGGCGGCAGGGACAGCAGGAUGGGAGCAUACGACGGGCGGCACGGGAGCGGCGCGCCCCCCCCGACAGACGCCUACGGUAGGGGGGGUCAGCAUCGUUUCAGCAUGUCCCCAGACGUACAGCUGACCACUAUCUACCCGCCACCGCGCCGCUUUGAGCUGUAGCGGGGCGCCAGCCACGUCUAGACUGCGGGGGCGGCAGCGGCGGGUGUGUCCGUUUGUCUGUCUGUUUAUGGACCUUGAGAGGCGCUAGUUUGCUGCCCAACACGAGUUUUCAUUGAGUUUCUGGUUACUACCUGUCGGUCUGCUUCGUCUGUUUGAGGCACGACACACACCGACACGGACGGCCUGACUCCCUCACCCUGGCGGCAGCGCGUGGGCCUUGUGUGCCGUGAGACGCGUCUGUUCCUGGUCACGUCGAAGUUGUUUCCGGCACGUUGCUGCCUGAUGCUGGUUUGUGGAGGCUCUAUGGUGGGUGGAAGGGCACCCCAUAAUUUUACUUUCAAGGCUCCGCAUUUCUGUUUCUCACACAGCAAGACAGACAGACAAUCUUAUCCUCCAGCCCAGCCGAGCAGCCCGCUGCCCCCCUCCUGACGUGGCGCGACCCGCACCCCCCACCCUGACAGGCGAUGCUUUGAACAUUACACGCGAAGUUAUUGAUUCUACAUCAACGACAUGGUUACAGUGAACUAACAAGCAACUUCUCCAAGAAAAGUAUGAAUACUAUUGUUUACCUUAUCAAAACUUGAACAAAAUAUCGUAAGCAAGUCAGUAUUGACCAACACUGCUGAAAUCUCUUUCGUUAAAACAUAUAUUUUACGAACAUAUGUAGGUAAGCAAAAUGGUGUUCAAAAUGCGUUUAACACUAUAGUGAGAAGCAAGCUUGUCCCUGUAUCUGAAAGUUGCUUCCCGGUGAACUGUUGUGUCGAACAGCCGGGAAGUCGCCGCGAAGCCGCGCUGCACUGAGGGAGGCUCCACUUGUCCCUUUCCUUCCCGCUGGUGGUCACCCAGUCUUGGCGCGUGAAUAAAGCACAAAACUGUUGAUGCCUUGACGAGGUGGUUCGCGUGGCAGUGUGUCUCGUGGGGACAAGGAUUGAAUGAAACCACAGCUACACUUAGUAACAUUUCUCUCACGGUAUCUACACUCAAAACGGUGACACAUGACCAAAUACUGUACAGCUUUAGUAAAUAUUUUCAAAAUAUAUAAGUAUAGCUACUACGGGAGAGACUUCGGAAUAUUGCACACGUGGCCCUCACAUGCCCUGCAGGGGGCGCUGUCCCUCCCUCCCUCAACCCCGUGACAACCCACGCAACGGCGAGACUCUGAACGGAGCGGAAUGCUGAAGUGACACUUAUCCUUACUACACAACACACCUCCAGGGACAUAAGGUAAUACAGUGUUGACGCCGCCGCGCCGUGCCAAGGAGCGCGCAGCGCUGCUCCUUCCCACACCUCCAGGACAAGAGUGACGGGACUCACGCGAAGGCGCCUCGCCCGGCACUCUCAGGACACGCUACGUUACGCGGCAGCACAGGCGUGUCUGUGGCUCUUUAUUGUCAGCGGGAGUGUGGCGUGACCACCUGCACCGCGGCAGUGAGUGCUGCGUGACGGGAAACAUUACUUUGUGCUGUGGCAGGACUAAAACAUUUCAACUUCUGAAACUGUACACAAGAAUGAAAAGAGGAACUUUCGCCACUUCUAACACCUGUAUUAAUAGAAUGUGUAACACCUAUAACAUUAUCCGUAUAUAUAUAUAUAUAUAUAUAUAUAUAUAUAUAUA